CACAAGCUCUCGAGACGUGUCACAAGUAUAUCAAUUACACACAAGGUAUAGAAUAAAAAUACAAAAUUAGUGUUCUUUCAUAAUGCCCCAACGUAUCAAAGCAAACCACCAUAUACAAAACGUAUAAUUAAAAAAUUUUAUAGAGUCCUCCAAACAAAAAUGUGUACAUCCCUUUUACUACAGCUCCAUAUUUCCGGCGAGCCUUCAAAUCUGCUUCCGGAGGUGAAGGCUGGGAGUCAGCUGGUGCGAAUGACUGCUUACUGGCAGGCGGUAGUAAAUCUUUUUAAGUCUUCAUCCUCUGUCUGGGGCACAGUAGCAAUAUUGGGAGGUUUUAUCAAUACCAGUAAGGAAAAAAAAGCGAAAGAGUGACCCUUUGAGAGAGGAAGGGUGGGAGUGGUCACUCUUUCCAUCUCUGGACAACAAUAUGAGUGCGUGUAGUACCCCGAAAUCUUUGCCUUCUUCGGGACAGAAGUCCAUUCACGAUAUCAAUCACCCACUGGGCAUCGAAGAAGCGGCGCUUCUCACACCAAGCCCGGAGCUUCCCUAUACCAGCAGUAUCGGCGACAAGGAUUUGAGUUUGCCUAACGGAACACCGGCAGACACAUCCAGCCCUGCAUCCUCUUCGUCACUCCUUAACAGGCUGCAGCUAGAUGAUGACCUGGAUGGGGAGAUGAGGGACCUCUUUGUUUCAGUUGAUGAUCCCAAGAAGCACGUAUCCACAAUGGAGACUUACAUCUCUUACAGGGUCAAUACAAAGCCUCUUCCAGAAAAAUUUGUUGUAAAAGGAGUAGUGGAUCGUUUUUCUGAAGAAUUUGUUGAGACACGAAGAAAAGCUUUAGACAAAUUUUUAAAAAGGAUUGCAGAUCAUCCAGUUCUGUCUUUUAAUGAACAUUUCAAUGUUUUCCUGAGUGCAAAGGAUCUAAACGCCCAUAAAAAGCAAGGAAUGGCCUUACUUUCUAAGAUGGGGGAGUCUGUAAAAUAUGUCACUGGAGGUUACAAGCUCAGAAGUAGACCAAUGGAAUUUGCUGCCAUGGGGGAUUAUCUAGAAACGUUUGCUCAGAAGCUUGGCACUAUCGACAGAAUAGCACAGAGAAUAAUCAAGGAGCAAGCAGACUACCUAGUAGAGCUCCGGGAGUAUGGGCCUAUCUAUUCAUCAUGGGCAAGCUCUGAGGAACAACUGGGUGAACCCCUGGAAGGAGUAUCAGCUUGCAUUAGCAACUGCUAUUCCACCCUAGAGGAAUUAAUGGAUGAUGUAACGGAAGACUUCUUGCCUGUACUCAGGGAAUAUGUCCUGUAUACAGAAUCCAUGAAGAAUGUACUUAAGAAGAGGGACCAAGUGCAAGCAGAAUAUGAAGCCAAAUUAGAGGCAGCAGCCUUGAGGAGAGAAGAAAGGGCUGUGAUACCAACAGAUGUAGAGAAGUGUCAGGAUCGUCUGGAAUGUUUCAAUGCUGAUCUAAAAGCAGACUGGGAUAGAUGGCAGAAUAACAAACGGCAAGACUUUCGGCAGUUGCUGAUGGGAUUAGCAGACAAAAACAUCCAGUAUUAUGAGAAGUGCCUUGCUUCCUGGGAGUCAAUUAUUCCACUGUUACAGGACAAGCAGGAAACCAAAGAGGAACCCACUUCAUAGCCCACUCUUUUGUUGCGGCAUGGGGUAUACUACAAGGACAUUGCAUAUUGCCACACUACGUUCCAAAACAGAAUGGUUAGUGACUGAUCAGGAAGAAAUGGACUGAAUAAACAGCGUGAUUUGUUUUUUUUUUUUUUUUUUUUUUUUUUUUUAAGCCCCAAAUUCAUCUACAUUUUUCAUACAGAUGUCUUUCUAUGGUUACUAUCACACGAAAGGACAGAAUGCAUUUUUUUUCUUGCUGGUGAUGAAGUUGUUCCUCUUUUGGAGAACUCGAGUGGACUAAACACUAGAUAACUGCUUCUAUAUUUAAUGCUGAAGAGGCGAAAACUGAAAGGCCAGCAGAGAAGAGUGUGUUUUUUUUUUUUUUUUGGCCUUCUACCUCAGACAGCCAGAGCUUUGUUCCCUUUGAUGAACAUUUCUGAAAGGACGUGGACUAUUAAAGAUUAAAUUCUUCUGGUAAUUUAUGGCUCUAUGAUGCAUUAUGAGAAGGAACAUUAUGAUGAAAUGUUUCAUAAACAUUCCCCAGCACAUGGAUCUUAUGGCUGACAUCUUUCUGCCGUAAAAAUCUGUUAUUUCUUUCAGUUAAAUAAAACAUUCACAUUCAUGUAACUGCUAAA